AUUAGUUUCAAUGAUUUACAAUUACCAGGUAUCGCGUUCCGCGACCAUUAUAGUAAUCUUUAUUAUGGUUUUUCGAAAAAAUGUAUCCUUUUAUAAAAUUUCAUAUAAUUUUAGGUAUUUUUUUAUGUUUCAUACUGGCGACUCUGGGCGACGGCCAGAGAUUUUAAAAACAUCUACUAGGUGUUUUGUAAAACAUUUUAUAAUCUUACAGAUAACAUUGUACGAUAAUCGAGAAUGGAAGGCGAUGGAGUGGAAACAUCGAAUCCUAAAUCUUUUUCCGGUAUACCAGAGGCUGAAUUUGUUGACAAUGUAGAUGCAUUUAUGAGCCAAUUGGCAAAUUCUAAAGGAGUUGAUGGAGUUCUUAAGGACCUGGAUGAAAAACAUAGCAAGUACAAAUUAAUGGAAUACACCCUGGCAACAAAAAGAAGACGUCUGCGGCAACAAAUACCUGACUUAGCCCGAUCUAUAGAAAUGAUUGAAAAACUUAAAACUCAGAAGAAAGAAAUGGAAACCCAAUUUCUUCUCAGCGAUCAAGUGUUUUUAAAGGCUAACAUACCUCCUACAAAUACAGUGUACUUAUGGCUUGGGGCAAAUGUCAUGUUGGAAUAUUCUUUAGAAGACGCUGAAAAAUUAUUAAAUUCAAAUAUGGCAACAGCAAAGAAAAAUUUGGGUUGUGUGGAGCAUGAUCUAGAUUUCUUAAGGGAUCAAUGCACCACAACUGAAGUGAACAUGGCAAGAGUUUACAAUUGGGAUGUAAAGAAACGUCAGGCAACAAAUCGAGGCAACAGUGACAAAGCAGAUCUUUAACAUUUUACUUUACAUGUCUAUUACUACUACAAACACAUGAAAGCAAUAAUUAUUCUGCUUGUCUUCAUCUAUAGACAAACUUGCAAGCAUUUACACAUAAAUUACAUAUUUUGUAUUUCCUAAAUACAAGUGUUUUGUAUAUUCAACUAUUAAAUAUUACUAAAAAUAAAUUAACAUGUUAAAAAAAUUUACUAUGUUGAAUUACUUUGAUUCUAACAGGAAUUGACGCAAAUUUUAGGUUACAAAUGUGUCUAGUGACUAAACUUUUUUACUUUCAAUCAAUAGUAAAAUAUAGGCAUAGUGCUUAACUGAGUAUAUUUCUGUGGUGGAAUGGAUGAAAUAAUGAAGGUGAAACAGCGCUUUCACGCGACAUUCAUAAAAUGGUUACAUGUGGCGUGAAGUUAUUCUUUCAAGACCUAUCCCACGCCAUGGAUGUCUAUUCAGUUACAUGUUACCCCUAUAACAAUGAUAGUAAGAUGAGACUUAUGUAAUUGUUUGAGUAAAUUUAUAGCUUCCUAAUAUUAUUUACUUUUAGAUGUUACUGGAUCUCCAAGAAUCAGAUCACAAACACAAAAUUUAUACCUUAAAUAAUAUUUCAUUUAUUUUUAAAUACUAUGUUAACAUAAUAUAAAAUAGGGAAAGAAAUUGUUAUUCAUUUAAAAUUAUUGCUAAGCACCGGUUAUAAAAUGGUAAAUGGAUUGCCAGAGCUUAUCAAUGAAUUUGGUAUUGUGUUUGAUAGUUUGUUUCCUUUAAUUACACUUUGCUAUGUAUUAAUUAAAUAUUUAUUCACA